AUGUCGUCUAUCCGGGAGAGUUCUAAGGAAGAGUCCAUCUCCCAACCCCAUAAGGAUCCCGUGUCCGCGCCAUUUCCAGACGGCGGAGCACGAGCCUGGAUGGUGGCUCUGGGAGCUGGUGGUGUGCUGUUCUGUACUUUUGGAUAUGUCAACGCUUUUGGUGUCUACCAAGAUUAUUACAUUACCCAUCAGUUGAGCAACUAUAGUGCUUCGGAAAUUGCUUGGAUUGGAUCUGUACAGACCUUCUUUCUCUUCGGAUCAGGUCUUAUUGGUGGUCCCUUAUUUGAUCGCUAUGGAUCGAAAGUCAUCUGGGGGCCAGCCGUAUUCGUCAUAUUCAGCGUGAUGAUGACCAGCCUUUGCACGAAAUUCUACCAAUUCUUCUUAGCCCAAGGUAUCCUCGGCGGGAUUAGCAUGGGCCUGUCUUUAUCUCCAGCCCUCUCGUCCACGGCCCAAUAUUUUCAGAAAAAGCGCGCAGCCGCAAUGGGCAUCACCAUUGCCGGGUCCUCCCUCGGCGGUGUUAUUUUCCCCAUCGCACUGGAGCAAAUGUUCUACUCCUCGCUGGGCUUUGCAUGGGCUGUCCGCAUCGUCGGCUUCAUCAUGCUGGGCGUCAUGUCCUUUUCCGUCAUCGGCAUCCGCGCGCGCCUUCCGCCCAAAAAACAACGAUUGCUCAAGCUCGAGGCCUUCGAGAAGAUGCAGUACGUCGCGACACUCACAGCGAUCUUCUUCCUCAACGUCGGCAUCUUCACCCCAUUCUUCUACCUCCCGCUAUACGGGCAAUCCCACGGCAUGAGCACGAGCCUUUCCUUCUACCUGAUCGCCAUCCAAAACGCAGCCUCCUUCUUCGGCCGGCUUGUCCCUGGCGUCAUCGCCGACAAAAUCGGCCCGUACAACAUGCUCGGUACAGUGAGCAUCAUUACCGCAAUCAUCACGUACUGCUGGGUCCGAAUGACAACCAACGCAACGAUCAUCGUCUUUGCAGUCCUGUACGGCUUCUUUUCCGGUGGUAUCAUCGGUAUUACACCAGCUUGUAUCGCCAACUGUGCAGGCCACCCUCAGGAAAUCGGCACGUACAUUGGCAUGGGCAUGGCGGUUAUGUCGGUUGCCACGCUCAUCGGCCCGCCGAUCAACGGCGCGCUGCUCAACGAGUACGGUGGCUUCCUGCAGGUGCAGAUCUUCAGUGCGACGGUUAUGAUUUUUGGUGGGUUCCUGGCCUUUGUGGCCAAGUUGGUGGGUGGCAAGAGUGUUUUGGCGAAAGGAUGA